AUGAGCCAUGACAGCGCCAUCCCACCACCGGCCUUCCCUUUCCCCGCAGCCUACUCGUUCCCGCCCUUCUUCACUCUGCAGCCAAACACCCAGACGCGGCUCUCGCAGUUCCAGAAGUGGUCCGCCCUGAUCCAAUCGUACUGUCGCCACCGCCGACUGUACCGCCUCUCGCUCGUCGAUGCCGUUGACUCGCCGCUCUUCCACAACAAGGAGAUCCGGAAACGGCUGAGCUUGGAAGAUGCGCGCAGAAUUGUGGACUGGAUGUGUGGUGCCGAAGGGGGCGUGAGAGCGGAGUGGGUGGGCGGGGAUGCCGCCGGGAAGAGCGUGGCCUGGAUUUGGUGGAGGACGCCCGAGGAGUGGGCGGCCAUGAUAGCGGAUUGGGUCGAGGAGACUGCCCAGAAGAAUACGGUUCUUACUCUCUACGAACUAACAGAGGGUGAGGCUACGGUAUCCAAAGAGUUCCACGGCAUGGACCCGGAUGUCCUGCAGAAAUCUCUGCAGGUACUGGUGAAACGAGGAAAAGCGCAAGUAUUCGGGAACGAAGACCAGCGGGGUAUCAAGUUUUUUUGA